CGCUGAUUGGCUGCGGCCGGUUCGUUUCCGGUGGAGCCGUCGCCAAGCUGCUAUCGCAGACUGGAGCGCGGCUGCGAGCGCAGCACUGACGGAGCUCGUCACUACCGCAGCCUGACACCUGCAGCCUCGCGCUCGAGGCCGCCACCGCCUGCCCUAGAGAACCAUGGCGUCUGGCAGUACUGCCGCCAGUGAAGAGGAGCGCAGUCUCCGGGAAUGUGAACUCUAUGUCCAGAAGCACAACAUCCAGGCACUGCUCAAGGAUUCUAUUGUGCAGUUGUGCACUGCUCGACCUGAGAGGCCCAUGGCAUUCCUUAGGGAAUACUUUGAGAGGUUGGAGAAGGAGGAGGCAAAGCAGAUUCAGAAUCUGCAGAAAGCAGGUACCCGUACAGACUCAAGAGAGGAUGAAAUCUCUCCUCCUCCUCCAAACCCAGUGGUGAAGGGUCGCCGGCGACGUGGUGCUAUCAGUGCAGAAGUCUACACGGAAGAAGAUGCUGCAUCAUAUGUUAGAAAGGUCAUACCAAAAGAUUAUAAGACAAUGGCUGCUUUAGCCAAAGCCAUUGAAAAAAAUGUGCUGUUUUCACAUCUUGAUGAUAAUGAAAGAAGUGAUAUUUUUGAUGCCAUGUUUCCAGUCUCCUUUAUUGCUGGAGAAACGGUUAUUCAGCAAGGUGACGAAGGGGAUAACUUCUAUGUGAUUGAUCAAGGAGAGAUGGAUGUGUAUGUGAACAAUGAAUGGGCAACCAGUGUUGGGGAAGGAGGGAGCUUUGGAGAACUGGCUUUGAUUUAUGGAACACCUAGAGCAGCCACUGUCAAAGCAAAGACAAAUGUGAAACUAUGGGGUAUCGACCGAGACAGCUAUAGAAGAAUCCUUAUGGGAAGCACGCUGAGAAAGCGAAAAAUGUAUGAAGAGUUCCUUAGCAAAGUGUCUAUUUUAGAGUCACUGGACAAGUGGGAGCGUCUCACAGUAGCUGAUGCAUUGGAACCGGUCCAGUUUGAAGAUGGGCAGAAGAUUGUGGUUCAGGGAGAACCAGGGGAUGAGUUCUUCAUUAUAUUAGAGGGGACAGCUGCUGUGCUGCAACGUCGUUCAGAAAAUGAAGAGUUUGUUGAAGUGGGAAGAUUGGGGCCUUCUGAUUAUUUUGGUGAAAUUGCACUACUGAUGAAUCGUCCUCGUGCUGCCACUGUGGUUUCACGUGGGCCCUUGAAGUGCGUUAAGCUGGACCGACCUCGUUUUGAACGUGUCCUUGGUCCAUGCUCAGAUAUCCUCAAACGAAACAUCCAGCAGUACAACAGUUUCGUGUCACUGUCUGUUUGAAAUGUGCCUCUUGUCCCUCCUAUUUCCUCCCCUAGUCCAUGCCUCACUCAUGCAGACUGCUUAUUGUCCCUACUUGCAGCUCCGAGUGGCCACUGGCAUUGCAGCUUCUUGUCUCUUUAUAUUAUUAAAAGUUGCUUUUAUUGCACCGUUUUUAAUUUGGAGCAUUAACUAAAUGCUCAUACACAAAUAAAUACAAGAGUUCUGUGGACUUCGCUGUUACUGCUUCUCUCUGUGCAGUGUUACGUGUUCACCUGGGCAGUGAGUGCCAUGCCUUUUGGUGAGGGUGGAUCCCAGCACCAGUGAAAUUCUGUAGAGUAAUGAUGUAACAGUGCUAGAUUUUUUGUGAUAUAAUUUCUGAUUAUAAGCCUAUUUAGACUGUGGCCAUGUAUAUGCUGUAAUUCUAUAUAGACUAAAUGAUUUCUCAUUAAGCUCUAAGGGUUAGGAAAAAUGGAUAUAGAAAAUCUUAGUGUAGUAGAAAGACAUAUGCUUGUAAUUAAACUAGUUUGAGUGGAAAAAUGCCCCCCCUGUUUUUGCUAAUUGUCAGAUGGAUAUGAUUGUUUUAGCCCCCUCAACCUGAAUUUUCAUUUGCCAAGGUAAAUUUACCUGAUAUGUUUAUAUCUUGUUAAUGUUUUAUCUCUAAUUCUGAAAUGUUUUUAUGUGUGGCUAUCUUUAUCUGCCUUUUAAGUUUGAAAUCAAAUCAGAGACUGCAAAUAUUGGGUUAUGGUUUAACUACAUCUGCCUCGGCCCACAGAUUCUGAUUAGACUUUUAUCAAGCUAGUGCCAAAUACUGAUGAUGAGAUGCUAAAUCGAGAAUAAAAAUUUGAGAUCUACAUUCUUGGUUGUUAAUUUAGAACUUUUGGUUAAUGUAGAUCCUUCAGUUAACUCCAGUGUAAUCUCUUAUGCUGUGUACACUCUGAUUCCAAGAGAUUAGAUUUGCUCAGUGGAUACAGAUGGGAUAAAUGUCAUACAGAAAAAUGGAGGUUAUAUCGCUAAUGGGAGGAACCAGGUAGAUAAAGUUAGUGUUGGUAAAUUAUCCUCCACUAAAUUCAUUGGGGCUUGAGAUUUGGGAAGAAGUUUUUAUACUUGGGUAUAACCUUUUCCCCUCCUUUUUUUUUAAUGUCAAAUAGAAUUUCUGAUGGGGUAGAGGUAGGUAGGAUGUGUUUGUGUGUGGUCUAAAAGGCCAUCCUGCUCAAUGUCUGGCUUUACUGUUUGCUCUGUAUUUCUGUGGCAUUUUUUUUCUUUU